CAAGAACCCUCCCCACUAAUCCGUAUCAAUAUUGGGAAAUCGCUUAGAACCCUGUCACGGAAUUUCGCCCACACAAUUUCGGAGUCAAUUUCGCAACACCGGCAGAAAAGUCAACUUCUCGAUUCCUACCUCUAUCAACAUCGAUUCCGCCAUCACACCGUCAAAAUGCCUCAGGAAAUCGCCGAUAUCAAGAAGUUCAUCGAGAUCUGCCGGCGGGAAGACGCCAAGUCCGCCCGGAUCAAGAAGAGCAAAAAGUCGUCGCAGACCAAGUUCAAGGUCCGAUGCUCCAAGCACCUCUACACCCUGAUCCUUAAGGACUCGGACAAGGCCGAGAAGCUAAAGCAGAGCUUACCCCCGAACCUACAAAUCAAGGAGGUCCCCAAGAAGAACAGGAAGGGCAAGCACACGGCAUAAGUUCUGAACACGCGUCCGGGGAAAGGAAAACUACCAAUCGCAACUGGGGAAGUCUCAGGGUGAUGGACGGAUAGGCGUCUACGAACGCGGUCAUCGAGGACCAAUGGGGGAGUGAUGCAUAUGCUCUUGUAGCUGGGCUGGUAUUUUCAUGAGGC